GGGGAGAGGAAGAGUGGUAGGGGGAGGGAAAGAGAGAGGAAGGGUUUCCAAACUUGUCUCCAGUGACAUGAGACAUUUACGCUCCGCGAGAUAAAACUGCCACUUAGAGCCCAGGAGAGCUAAACCUUCCCGAGUUGGCCUGGGGGCUUGAGCAGAGUCAUGGGUUCCCCGGUCCUGUGUCUGUACACUGUCUUCUGCCUGGUGGCUCACUCAGUUUCUGGCAGUCCCAUCAUGGGCCUUGAGCAGUCACCGCUGGAAGAAGAUAUGCCUCUCUUUGAUGAUGUCUUCUCAGAACAAGAUGGUGUUGACUUCAGCAUGCUGCUGCAGAGUAUGAAGGAUGAGUUUCUCAAGACGUUGAACCUGUCUGACAUCCCAAUGCAGGAUUCAGCCAAGGUGGACCCACCAGAGUACAUGCUGGAGCUGUAUAACAAAUUCGCCACAGAUCGGACCUCCAUGCCUUCUGCCAACAUCAUUAGGAGCUUCAAAAAUGAGGAUCUUUUCUCUCAACCAGCCACUUUCAACGGGCUACGAAAAUAUCCCCUCCUCUUCAAUGUGUCCAUCCCUCACCAUGAAGAGGUUGUCAUGGCUGAACUCAGGUUAUACACUCUGGUACAAAGGGAUCGCAUGAUAUAUGAUGGAGUGGACCGGAAAAUUACCAUUUUUGAAGUACUAGAGAGAAAAGAGGACAAUACAGGUGAAAGAAACAUGCUGGUCUUAGUGUCAGGAGAGAUCUAUGGAACCAACAGUGAGUGGGAAACAUUUGACAUCACAGAUGCCGUAAGACGUUGGCAAAAGUCAAGCUCCUCUACUCACCAGCUAGAGGUCCACAUCGAGAGUAGAUAUGACCAAGUUGAGGACAUUGACAGGGGACAACUGGAAAUAGACACCAGUGGUCAGAAUAAGCAUGACCCUUUGCUUGUUGUGUUUUCUGAUGACCAAAGUAGUGACAAGGAGCAGAAAGAGGAAUUGAAUGAAAUGAUUACCCAUGAACAACUUCUGGACCUAGACAACCUUGGUAUGGAUGGCUUUUCCAGUGGGCCUGGGGAAGAGGCUCUGCUGCAGAUGAGGUCGAACAUCAUCUAUGACUCCACUGCCAGAAUCAGGAGGAAUGCCAAGGGGAACUACUGCAAGAGGACCCCUCUCUAUAUUGACUUUAAGGAGAUUGGCUGGGACUCCUGGAUCAUUGCUCCACCAGGAUAUGAAGCCUAUGAGUGUCGUGGUGUUUGUAACUACCCCCUGGCAGAGCAUCUGACACCCACAAAGCAUGCAAUCAUCCAGGCCUUGGUCCACCUUAAGAAUUCUCAGAAAGCUUCCAAAGCCUGCUGUGUGCCCACCAAGCUGGAGCCCAUCUCCAUCCUCUAUCUAGACAAAGGUGUCGUCACCUACAAGUUUAAAUAUGAAGGCAUGGCUGUCUCCGAGUGUGGCUGUAGAUAGAAGACUUCUGUGGCUUAUUUAAUGACUGUAAAUGUGUAUAUUUUGUGUUCUAUUUAAUGAGACUAUUUAAAGAGGGUGUACAGAAAAUAGAGGCUUGCUGCCUUAGGAAAUGGACAGGUCUGUUUGUUGUAGGAAAUUAAUGUUUUGCUAAUCAAUCUAGUCCCUUCUAGUCUGCCUUUUCUUGCAGCUGUCAUUUCCUGGCGAUGCUCUCUCGAGGCAAUGACAGCCCACCCCCUUGUCCUCCGUGUCGACUUAGAAACAGCAACCCCUAAGUAGAAUACAGAGUCAAAACACACAUACACAUAUAUGUGUGUACAUACAUGAGCUUAGGAAAAUAUUUUGAUUCUAUUGAGGAAGGUUGUGUUCAUAUACAUACAUGAUUCACUGAAAUGUUCAUACAUUAAAGGCAGUCCUUUCCUUUCUGAGUAGGACUUAUGUCAAAAAAAACUUUUGCAUCAGGAGUUUAACAAUCCUAGGAAGUAUUUUGUUUCUGACAAACUCUGAAAAUGUAACUAUAGAUUUUUUCAGUUGAAUUUCUGCCAUGGCUUGGAGCAGCAGACCUGGUGAAGGAGGCUACAUGCUUGAGGGGAGAGCAGUUAAAUGCAGAAACCAAAUGACUUUUGAGAGGCAGUGAGCCCACAGGUACAGCAGCAAAGAAUGAACCCAUGGAACAGAUGUGCUGUACAGGGGAACCCCUGGUUGAGAAAGGAUGACAGAGGGGACCGCAGGAUGAGGUCUGUUCUUCAGCAGAUAG